AUGGGCGACCACCUCAUCGCCGUCGGCAGAGACGUGGUUAUUAGCGAGCCGCCGAUGCCGACGGCGACAUCGGAGGAUAACAGCACGGCCAAAUCGACCAUUAUCUCGGUGGUGGUAUGCGUCAUGUUCCUGCUGCUCUUCUUCGGCGGGUACAUGAACAGGCACUGCCGCCACGACCACGGCGGCACCGCGACCGGCCGACCAGCCCCGGAGGGAGGCGGGGCGUCCUCAGGGAGGGGCAAGAGCGGGUUGGACCAGUCGGUGGUGGCGACGUUCCCUAUCAUGCCGUGGAGGGACCUCCACAAGAAGAAGAGGGCGAUGGUGGAGGCGGAAGACGAGCGCUGCCCGGUGUGCCUGACGGCGUUCGACGAAGGGGACAGUCUCCGGCUGCUGCCGCACUGCUCGCACGUGUUCCACCCGGAGUGUAUCGAACCCUGGCUCCAACGGCGGGCAACCUGCCCCCUGUGCCGGGCCAACCUCAAGAGGCCGCUGCCGGCCGACGCCGUGGCGAUCGCGAUAUCAGCAGAGGGAAGCGAUGACGACAUGCACGAUGGGAAGGAGGAGUUGGCCAUGGAGCUCGAGAUGCUGCGCGCUGAGCGACGGGCGGCGAGGCUGCUACCGGCGGGAAUCUGA